AUGGCCGUCCGUCAGCUGUCGUUCUUGCCUCAUUCCUCGUUUAUCCUACCGCCACUCGAUCAAAGCAGUUGCACCUCACCUAACGGCGUCCGGGGCAAAAAAACACUCGCCAUCGCGCCAAAGGUGUUUCGCGUCGACGCCUCUCUCGGAUCCCUACGCGUCUUCCUCAACCAUGCCGAACAGCAGGUCGUCGGAAUUUAA